AUGUUGAACGCUCUACCAGAUAAACGCAAUAGUGAAGAAAAAGAUGAAGUUUUUCUUGCACCCAACGAAGAUAUUGUUCAUGAUAAAGCAAAUGCACUUAUCGAAGCAGAUCAAUUAUCUACUCACGAAACAAUUGAUCUGCGUACUCGACGUCCUUCGUCAUUGAGUAUAAGUAAAAGUGAAUCGUCGAAAAGUGCUGAACCUCCAAAAAUGGACGCAACUGUUGCAAUAAUAAAAGUUGAACAAGUGAAGUCUGAUAGUAUGCUUUUGGAUGCUUCGCACCGAUUCCGACCGUGGAUACGUCUUCUAGCAGAGUGUAUAGCAGAGUUACUCGGCACGGCCAUUCUCGUUCUAUUUGGAUGUUCAGGUGUUGCACAAUUUACUCUAUCACGUGGGAAGCUCUCCAAUUUUCUUUCUGUUAAUUUCGCUUUCGGUUUCGGUGCAUUGAUUGCCGUUUACGUCGCUGGUCCAGUCUCGGGUAUUUACAAUGGCGCACAUAUCAAUCCCGCCGUAUCGAUUGCCAUGUUAAGUUUACGUUCCAUUACACCAUUACAAUGUGUUACCUAUAUAAUAUCACAAUUUCUUGGAGCAUUCAUUGCCGCGGCUUUAGUGUUUGCAACGUAUUACAAUGCUAUCGUACAAUUCGAUGGAGGUGUAAGACAAGUAACAGGUGAACAAGCAACUGCUGGAAUAUUUGGUACUUUGCCUGCUCAAGGUGUCACUCAGCUGUCGCUCUUCUUUGAUCAAGUUCUUUCAACAGCACUGUUACUUAUCGCCGUUUGCGCAUUAUCAAACAAACGAAAUAAACUUGUUGCUAAUGCACAAAUUCCUCUUGCAGUUGGUUUCAUCAUUGUCGCCAUUGGUGCUGCUUUUGGUUAUAAUUGUGGAUUUCCGAUCAAUCCAGCACGGGACCUCGGUCCACGUUUCUUCACCUAUUGUGCUGGUUAUGGAUCAAAAGUCUUCUCCGUUGGCAACUAUUACUUUUGGAUUCCAUGUAUUGGACCAAUAUUUGGUGCACUGAUUGGCACAUGGAUCUAUCAUGGCUAUGGUAAACUUAUGAAAAUGCAUAUUGGACAAGACGAAGAAGAAAUUGUACGAGCUCGAUACCAAGUUGAUGUACAAAAUGUGACAAGAAUGUAA